GCCAGUCUUGAGGAAGAGCUAUAAGAAGGGGGCAUCGUUCAACUGUGACAGGACAUCAACACAACACCAACUUCCUGAUCACAACCCUACCAACAAUCUUCAGUCAUACUAGUCUCCUUCAAGACACCAAAUUCAUUUGAACAUGUCUUACAACAACGACCGCGACAACUCGUCCUACGGUGAGGACCGCAGCUCUGGCUACGGCAACCGUGACCGCGAUGAUGAGUACUCCUCAAGCCGCAACGACAAUUCCCACACAAACCAGCAGUCGAGCGGCUUUGGAGACGACAACGACAACGACAACGACUCCUACUCCAAUAAGAAGUCGGGUUACGGCACCAACGACAGCACCUUCUCCGGUGGUGUUGGCCGCAGCAACAAUGACGAUGAUUCCUAUGGCCGGCAGAGGAAGGAGUCCGGCUUCGGGGUUGACAACAACGACACUCUAGACUCCAGCGACAGCACCAGGCACAGGAGCUUCGGCGACCAAUCUGGCGCUUUCGGAUCGAAGAACGACAGCGGCAACAGUGGCUACGGAAACAACGACGAUGGGUACUCAAGCAACAAGUCUUCUGGCUAUGGAAACGACAACGAGAACUUGCCUAGCUCUGAGAAGCUGAAUGAAUUCGGCAACAACGACAAGGCUUCGUAUGGAACCAACAAGAAGUCGAGCAGCUACAACGACAACGACUCCAACGAGGACACUUAUGGAUCCAAGAAGUCAAGCUACGACAACGACAAUGAAGACUCGUACGGAUCCAAGAAGUCGAGCUAUGGCAGCAAUGACAGCGAAGACACGUAUGGAUCCAAGAAGUCCGGCUAUGGCAAUGACGGGUCGAACAGGUCGGGUUAUGGCAACGAUGACAAUGAUUCGUAUGGCUCGAAGAAGUCGAGCUAUGGCAAUGACAACAACGAUUCGUACGGAUCCAGCAGGAACGACCGCGAGGAGUCUAGCUAUGGUAGCUCGAGGCGCGACAACGACUACUAAAGGGUGUCGAUCGCUCAGUGGAUCUGGCUGGGUAUGUAUCGGCUAGUUCUGUGAUCAAAGUGUGGCGGGUCACCAGCUGCUAUGUCUUUUGAUGAUGGAUAGGCUCCGAUCCCGUAGAUGCUUCAUGUUUGGAAUUUCGUAUGGCGCAAUUGAGACUUUCUUGCUGUCGUACCAAUUUGACUUGUCCAUUCCAAGCCCUUCCUAUGCUGUUGAACGGC